AUGAAGAAAUCUGUUUCUCCAAUGGCGAAUCUUCCAUCCAAAAAGAAACCGGAGCAGGGUGGAAAAAAAGCUGAAAAAGCCAAGCCAGGGGACCAGGUUUUCUGGCGUCGCGGCCAAGAACCGAAAACAUCAAAGCAAGAGAAGAGAUCAAAGAGUCUCCCGGCUCCAAAACCCCCCAAGAAGGACAAGAAACAGAAGAAGAAUCGUCAGCUAAACGAGGAAGAAUGCAUCGAACUAUUUCAGACGCUUGGUCUGAAUUGA